AUGUACGCGUCGUUGGGCCCUCUGGACCCAUUCGAUCUUCUGGCCCGUUUCCCGCCCCCAGCGGUCUCCACGGUUGUCGACGCGGCCGGGCGGAGAAGUCGUCAGGGAUAA